UACCAUGUUUAUGCCUAUUGGCUACCUUGUCUACUCUCCUUUUGCUUUUAUAGCCCCACAGCUAAUAUUCAUAGGCAUAAUUUAGGGGUCCUAAGCACCUUCUGUCAAAUAGAAACAGGUGCAGCUGAAAGAGAGGGCUUUGGAAUUACAAGGCUACUAUUCCAUUUUAGGGUGUUUGAGCCAGAUAAAUGAGGCGGUAAGGUGCAGAAAUUCUGCCCUCUCAUCUCCUGCUAGAACAGUGUAAAGAUUAAUAGAAGUUGUUGAAAGUUCCUCUGGUUCCUCGAAAGUCUCUUUCUUUCUGUUAGAAAGCACCUGCUAUAGAAGGAGCUAAUACUGACUCAGGAAGGCUUGUACAUGAUCUGGUGGUGCUGGUGUUUUUCUUACUUGGAAGAGGUUUUUAGAACUGUGCUGUCAGGGAGAGGCAAACGGGAAAAGAUGAAAGGACAGAAACCAGCAGUUAUAGAGAGCCUAAAGAGAUUAUCAGUAGCUUCUCGUCUGAGAGUGGGUCUGACGUAGAGGGGGAGGAGGAGGAGCCUGGGACAAGUCAUUCUGGGCACAGAGGAAGUAAGGGGAGGAGUUUUCGCAGACUUGCAUGCUGGGUGCGGAAAAGGAGGAAGAAAGAUUAGAGGGAGCAACUGUGCACAAGGGGAAGGACGCUAAUGGAAACGCUGGAGAUGUACGUUUGAACUUUGUCAAAUAAAUCAAUUGUUUGGAACUGGCUGGGAGCCCGGAGUCUUAUCUAUGGCCAGCUGGACAGCACUAAGCCUCUCACAGCUUGCUCCCUCUACAACAUUAUUUCUGCUGGAAAGCUGGUGGAAUAAGGAAACAGCUUCGACAUGGAGAAGGAGCUGUUGGAAUUUAAAAAGUGAAAUGUCGCUCUGGAACAAAGAUCCCAAGACCUGCAGAGUCGUUUGGAGGAAGCCCGGACUGUUCAGAGAGGAACCCAAGGCGGGCUAUCGGCAGGUGGGGGCAGGUGCGUGUGGGUGGAACGGUUCCAGGGAGACACGGAAAGUUACUUGGAUUUCAAAACAGAGAUGAAAUAUUUUCUGGAACUGGAAGGAGAUAAGUUUCAGAACGAUGCAGCAAAGGUUGCUCACAUCAUUAGACAUCUGGGAGGAGGGGCUCGAAGCUGGAUCCGGCCAUUAAUAGUCUCGGGGAAUGAAGCCGUCAGAAAUGAAGCCAAAUUUUGGCAAGCAAUGGAUUUUAUCUAUGCAGAUCAGAGUUUAAUUGACAGAACGCAGGAGAAGCUGCUGGCUUUGAGACAAGGCAAAUCCACCGUACGCAGUUACUGGUCUGAGUUUGCUAUGCUUGUACAGAAACUGGGGUGGGAUUUAGAGGCGGACCCAGUACAAGCGAUAUUUAAAAAUGGACUUAAUCCAGAAAUUAAGGACGAGCUGGCAAGGGGGCCACGACCUAAAAAUAUGGACGAAUUAACAAAGGCUGCUCUUGGGGUGGGUUUGAGACAAGAAGCCAGAUGGAGGGAAAGGAAGCAAGGCAGAGAGCGGAGUUUCCAUGGUGACCGCAUUCCUGAGAUGCCUGCAGCUGCUUCGGAAUGUCAACAAGCGCCGGAGCCUAUGGAGAUAGGCACAGCCAGGGCGCGGGAGAGUUUGAAAGCCCAACGGUCUGGCGGGAAGGGGAAAAAAAGACUGGCAAGCGGGAAAAAGAUGUUUUGUGUGUCAUAAGACUGGGCACUUUGCCAGAGUGUGCCCAGAGCGUCGUAACUGGCAGGGAAUGGUGGGGGCCACCCAGCAGGCAGAGGGAGAGGAGCCCCAGCAUUUGGGAAACGAAGAGGCCUGGCUGGUGGGGAACCGGGGCAACAGCCAGGCGGGAGCAACACAGAAAGUCCCCGGCUUGGACACCCCAAAGCAAGCAUAAUGUUGAAGGUGGUGCUAGAACUCCCAAAUGGACAGACGGUGAAGGAGUUGGCACUAAUUGAUUCUGGGGCCUCAGCAUCCUUUUUCAGCAAGGAGUUUCUGGUGCGACACCAACUGAACCUGAGGCCUUUGGAUUUUCUGCUGCAAGUGACAACAAUUGAUGGAAGAGAACUGCUGGGGGUGAAGUGACGCAUCGAACACCCCCAAUGCGAAUGCGUGUGGCCACCCACUCUGAGGUCAUCGCUUUUCACGUGGCCACACUGGCGGGGCCGCCUAUCAUAUUGGGCAUGAGCUGGCUGGCUUUGCACGAUCCAAUGGUUUCCUGGCACCAACGGUCCCUGACGUUUGGCUCGACGCACUGUAUGGAGAACUGCCUAGCUCAAGGGCUAGAUCGACAAAACGAGGGCAGGAGGGCAGCAGCAUGCAGAGCAGGGGCGAGCGAGAUUCCGUCGUGUUACAGGGAUCUCCACGAGGUGUUCAGCGAGAAAGAGGCGGAUGCGUUGCCACCCCAUCGGCCAUAUGAUUGUCAGAUCAACCUGGUACCGGGGGCAACGUUGCUGGUGGGGAAAACCUAUUCCAUGUCGGAGGGAGAGCUUAAGGACCUAAAAGAGUUUAUUGAGAAAAACCUGAGAAGGUGUUUCAUCAGGGAGUCCAAGGCGGCAGGAGGGAGUCCCGUGUUUUUCGUUGACAAGAGAUCGACGAAAGAGCGAUGCCUGGUGGUGGACUUUCGAAUUUUGAACAGCCAGACAGUACCGGUGGCUUUCCCGAUGCUGAGAAUCGACGACGUUUUGGCACAGGUGCGGAAGGGGAAGAUUUUCACCAAACUGGAUCUCCGAGGGGCUUACAACCUUAUCCGAGUGCGAGAAGGCGAUGAGUGGAAGACCACCAUGUUCACCCCGAUGGGGGCGUUUGAGUAUUUAGUUAUGCCCUUCGGUUUGCAGUGCGGAAGUCACUGUUUCCAAGCCUUCAUGCACCAUGUGCUAGGACCUUUGCUCUACAAAAACUGUGUCUGCUUUUUAGACGAUCUCCUUGUGUUCUCGGAGGAUGAACAACAGCACGUGAAGGAUGUACGGCAGGUCCUCAGCAAACUCAAGGAAAACCAAUUGUGGGUCAAGCUGGAGAAAUGUCAGUUCUACGCAAAGGAAGUCGAAUUCCUGGGGUACCGGCUGUCGGACCAGGGGUUGGCCAUGGACCCGGGGAAAGUGAAGGCAGUGGUGGAAUGGGAGAGUCCCAAAACCAGGAAAGAUGUUCAGCGUUUCCUGGGUUUCAGCAAUUUCUACAGGAAAUUCAUAAAGAUUUUCGCAGAAUUGACGGCGCCAAUCACGGACUGUCUCAGUGUUAAGAAGAAGUUUCAGUGGACGCUGGCGGCCCAAGAGGGGUUUGAGAAACUAAAGAGGGCUUUCGCUUCAGAGGAGCAACUGAUCCACGGCGACCCUGCUCAACCACUAUGGGUGGAAACAGUUGCGUCGGAUCGGGCGAUUGGGGCAGUGCUGCUGCAGCCAGAUCAAAAAGGGGAAUGGCAUCUGGGUGCCUUCUUUUCGCGGAAACUCAACAAAUCAGAGCAGAACUACACCAUCUACGAUAAGGAAUUGCUUUCGAUAGUGGCUGCUUUUAAACAAUGGCGGCACUUCCUGGUUGGGGCAAAGCACCAAAUUUUGGUGUGCACUGACCACAAAAACUUGGAGUAUUGGCGUACGGCAUGGGUGUUGUGCCAGAGACAGAUAAGAUGGGCAGAGUUCUUGCCAACUUCAACUUCAAGAUCCAAUACGUGCCGGGAGAGCAGAAUGCGAGGGCGGAUGUGCUCUCCCGGAAACCCGAGAAUAUGAUGGGGGAAGGGCCACCUGUAGCGAGACCGAUGUUCCCGGAGAGCAGAUGGUUGUGCGGGGGGACGUUAGUCAAGGAUGACGAACUGAUGCAAAUGCUCAGAGAGGAUGCCUUUGCCAGACAAAAGAUGGGGGAGACUGCAUCCUCAGCUAUUAAAGGUGCCAUACAACUGGGAAUAGGAUACACAGUGGGGAACCUCACAUCCAAGCCAGACAGAGAUGUACUUAUGCAAGACUUCUAUGUAGUGGAAAGUGUGUUUCUUCCCAGUGAAGGGAGCAAUUUGACCCCUGCUCAUCAUUAUCCUGACUUCAGAUUUAAGACAUAUGCUCCUUUAGCCUUCCGCUACUUCAGAGAACUUUUUGGUAUUAAACCUGAUGACUACUUGUAUUCUAUUUGCAGUGAACCUCUAAUAGAACUAUCCAAUCCUGGUGCCAGUGGAUCCUUGUUCUUUGUCACUAGUGAUGACGAGUUCAUAAUCAAAACAGUUCAACACAAAGAAGCAGAGUUCCUUCAGAAGCUGCUGCCUGGCUACUACAUGAAUCUCAACCAGAAUCCAAGGACACUCCUACCAAAAUUUUAUGGACUGUAUUGUGUUCAGUCGGGAGGCAUUAAUAUCAGGAUAAUUGUGAUGAACAAUGUUCUGCCUCGAUCACUGAAAAUGCAUUUCAACUAUGACUUGAAAGGCUCCACGUACAAAAGGAGGGCAUCCAGGAAAGAGCGAGAGAAGUCCAACCCCACCUUUAAAGACUUGGAUUUUCUUCAAGACAUGCAUGAAGGGUUAUAUUUUGACUCGGAGACUUAUAGUGCACUCAUGAAAACGCUACAGAGGGAUUGUCGAGUAAGUAAGAACUUUUGAUACCAAUAGCUGUUUUCAGACCAUGACUCCACUGUUUACACAGUGCGGGGUGAAUGGGCUCUUGUCCAUAAAAGAGUUCUUGUCCACAAUAACUGCAUUUCAUCUUGAAGCUGCCAGCAGACUCCCUUGUUUGUGUUAACAAAAUAUAGUUUUGGCUUGAAGGGUCUAAAAGGAAACCGUUGAAAGGAAGUAGGUGGAAAGAUGAAACAAGAGGUAGUAAAUGUGAUAUUCUUUGUAUGAUUUUGGUGUCUCAUAGUUGUGUUCUUGAUUGCUGUCUUUUCCUUUCUAACCACACCUAACUGUGUUUCCUUUCAUUGAUCUUUCCUUCUUUUUUCCAGUCUGUUAGGAACUCUCCAGGUUCCCUGUUGGGCCCUUUGUUUUUAUUCUUUGCCUUUACCCUUUAGGUUCUCUUAGACUGCAGUCCUAUAUACACUUAUUCAGGGGUAUCUCAAUAGGACCUAUUUCUGAGAAAACAUGCAUAGGAUGGCACUUUAUUCCGUCUUUCAUUAUGAAUCAUCGUUUUGCAGUCUUGCGUGCAUUUCCCAUACAUGAUUUCAACUAGACACGCUGGGCUGCAGCUCCAUUCCAGCCUUUUUCUUCUGCCUGCAGCUCUCUCUGCUCCUCCCUUCUGCCUUCCUUUCUCUCUGCCUGCCCUCCUCCCUUCUGUUGGCCAGCUCACAGGUGGAGGCAAGGCACUGGAGGUGCAAGGGAGCCCCCCCCCCAGCCCUUCUGCUAUGCUCAACCCUUGAACAAACCCUCCACAUAUGAUGGGAUUUGACUGUACAUUGAUGGUGGUCAGAAACAUUUUUCUAACUUAUAUUCUUAUUUGGUUAAUCUUUCAUCUUUUCAUCUUGCUAUUAUCUUUGUGUGGUUUCUUUUCUUUUAAGGCCAAGUCUUUCAGAGAUGGGAUUUCUAAUCCCCUCACCCUCUUUCUUUCUUUUCAAGCUAAAGAUCUUGGUUUUGUGUUUGGAUUCUUAUGUCAUUCUCAACCCCCCGGAUUUAGUAUUUUCUUUCUCUGACAGCUUCCCAUACCUUGUUCAUUAUCUUCUUUUCCCCCAAUUGACUUGUUGUAAUGUCCUUUUAGUAGGUCUUCUCAAUCCCACCUUAUGGCUCUUGUUUUUGUUUUGCAUUUUGCCACCUACUUAACUUUUUCGGCUCAGAUGCACACAAUGUUUCUCUGCUCUUGGUUUUUCUUUGCUCUCCUACCUUGCCCAUUUUGCAUAAAAGGUUCUGUUAACUUGCCUUUUUGUAUGUAUUCAUGGUCUAGCUCCUGUUGAUUUCUCAUCUUGGCUUUCUACAUGUUUUUUCCCUUAUUUUUCCCCUACAUUAUAUGCUUUUUGUCUUAUUGCUGCUUAUUUGUGAAAAGUAUUACUGAGUUGAUUAUCUACCUCUUCUUAAAACAUCUUUCAGGAAGCCUAUGUUUAAAGGUUGUUGCUGCCUUCUUAUGUUUUGUUCUAUUUUCAACUUCCUUUCUAAAGAAAGCAUGUAAGCCUUUUGGGCUGUGUCUAUUUUUAUGUGUUUUGUACAUCAUGUAGCUCUUAAGCCAUUUCAGAAAUUGCUAUUACUAUAUGAUGUGAUGCAUCAGCAGUAUCAAACUGCAAUACCAAACCCAGAGUAACAUGGUUACGUUUCAUGUUUUAAUGGAGUAGAACUGCUAAUCCAGACUUAAGGUACAGUCACUGAAAGUUAAGCCUUGUAGUAACUUGGUUUUUUUAAUUAAAAGAUUAUUUUAUUAACAACUUUCUAUGGAGCCCUUCAGCGUCAGUUUCCAAGGGAGUAUACAACCUAUGAUAAAACAUAAAAAUAUACAAUAAAAACUAUAGAGGGU